CAGUUGAUUAGCCUGCGAUUAAUUUAGCUCGAUUUAAUUAAAUAUUGAUUCCAUGUAUUCACCGAUUUGAAAAUGGCUAAUCAUCACUACAAUCAUCUCACUUCCUUGGGUGUAAUUUCACUUAAAACAGUCAUUGUAUGCACGUUAGUGUAUUGAAUGACUAUAGCACGAACUUUGAAAUCGCAAAAAAAAAAAAAACGAAAGUCGUCAGUAAAGGACAUCCCCAUAUUUUAAAUGCGACAUGUCAGAGACGUUUAUAUCGGGGCAGACGUCAGAAGAUCUCUUGGUCGAUUUCGAGUCGCUCUUAAACAGUGGAAGUAUUGACUUAAGCGAGGACCACCAGAUUGUCAUCAUCUCGACUCCCAGCAACGUGGACAUCCGUUCGGCUGGGCCCAAUGCCGUGGGAGACAUCCUUUUGUUCGCCACUCCCCACACAACGGCAAAUGUGCCAGACCACAGUCGUCCAACCUUAGGCAGACCACCGGUGAAGAGAAAGUUGGAUUUGGACAAUGAUCACCAAUACAUUAGCAGUACCAGAGCAGCAUCACACUCGCCUGCCCCUUCAGCUCCACCCAUCCCAUCCAAAGUGCCUAAACUGAACUCGGAAAAGUCUCGCUAUGAUACAUCUUUGAACCUCACCACCAAGCGCUUUCUGGAUCUGCUGGCCCAGUCCCCUGACGGCGUGGUGGACCUCAACUGGGCUUCGCAGGUGCUCGAUGUCCAGAAGCGACGCAUUUAUGACAUCACCAAUGUCCUGGAAGGCAUCCAGCUCAUCUCGAAGAAAUCCAAGAACAAUAUUCAGUGGCUUGGUAACUGCAUGGACGGUGUGUCGGUAGCACGGUAUCAGGAGCUGCAGAGGGAGGUGUCUGAACUGUCAGAUGCUGAAGAGAAACUGGAUGAGCUCAUUAAUAAGUGUAGCCUACAACUCAAACUUCUGACUGAGGACUCCAGCAACAAGAAGCUGGGAUAUGUGAGGUGCCAAGACCUGCGGAAAACUGUUGACCCCCCAGAUCAGAUUGUCAUGGUGAUUAGAGCCCCACCAGAGACGCAGAUGACUGUCUCGGACCCUGCUGAGGGGUAUCAGAUCUCCCUGAAGAGUACCGAGGGUCCCAUCGACGUCUUCCUAUGCCCAGAGGACAGUUCUGGAGUUUGUAGUCCAGUAGCAGAUUGUAGUCCAGCCAAAUCAUCCAGCCGCAGCUCUCCUCAGCCUGCCUUAGCUCCACAGGAAGUGAGGUCAUCAACACCAUCAACUUUUCCAAGUGCCUCCCCACUUCCUUUGGGUAAUGAGACAGAGUCCUUCCUGGAUUCAGAUCCAUUCUCCAGCUUAUGUGAGAUGCCUGACUUUCUCUCUACGUUGGGUUCGGCGGAUUUCCUGCUGGAGCGGCCCAGCAACAGCUCCAGCGGAGACGACUUGGGCCUGCCAGUGGACAGCUUCAUCAGCCUGUCGCCACCCCACAGUCGGGAUUACCACUUCGGCCUGGAAGAGCAUGAAGGCAUAAGUGAGCUUUUCGACUGUGAUUUCAGUGGCCCUCUGGAAUUCUGAGGAGGAGAGCACAUGAGAGGGAUACAAAGAGGAUGGUGUAGGGAGGCAGGGGAAGUGAGACCUGACUGAGACCUGACUGAGACCUGACUGAGACCUGACUGAGACGUGGCUUAUAUAUUGCGCUUCACUGCUCUCCUUCUGUCUUACCUUAUCACCUAAGGGCUCGCAGAUCGUAAGGCGCUUUUUGCCGGCGGCUUCUCCCCCAUUGGCAGCAGCCCAGAUGUGGGCAGACUGCAGGAAGCGUGUCCCCAGGGCCUGGGGACACGCUUCCCACAGGGAAGCUUCAGGUUAGCUGUCUACCUUUUUAGGUGCUUCAUCAUGGUAACAGGGCUGCAGCUCAACACAACUAACCAGCACUCGAGCCAUCUCAAAGCUCAGAUAUUGUAAGCUUUAGAUGGCCAUUUAAUUUAUUUGUAUUAAAAAUAGUAAUUUCUUUCUUUUCUUUUUUUUUUGAAUUGCAAUGUAGUUGUAAUGUUGAAGGUUUUGUGCAUAGCACACUGUGCAUGUAGAUUUGAAUUGUAACUGACUUGGGGUUUUGUGGAUAUUUCUGCUCAGGAGAAUAGAUUAGCUGUAUAUUCAAGAAUUCAGGAAGGUUUCUUUUUUGUGAUAAUAUGGUAGUGUAUUUACAGCAUGUCUUGUAGUGUGCCGUGAUGUUGCAGUGGUUGGGUAUGCACGGUGUGGGAUAAUCACCACAAAGUUGGGAUUUGUAGUUCUUUUUUUCCAUUCAUAAUGCAGUCCUAUUAAGAUUUGCCUAGAGAAGAGCGUGUUCCAGGCCACUGACAGCAGAUCCUUUUACAUUUUCAGAAGUAAUAUUUGUUCAUGUCUAGUAGACUGAGGCAAUGUCCCUCACGUUCUCUUUUCAUAGUUAAACAUCUGCAGUCUGUCAAACUCACGCAGCAUAUUUCACUUUUGUUUUUCUUUUCUAUUUGAUUCAGGUGCAGUCGGAAUUAUCGCUAACGCACAGUUUUGUCUUGGUUUCUAGAAACAAUGCCUCAGUUAUAUUCACGAGCUUGUUGUUGUUGGAUGAAGUGUUGUGUUGUAAUGGUUUGUCAGAGCCAUUCAGAACAACAGCAAAGCUUUAGUGCAGGUUUGUGCUGUAAUAGGAUAUUAUGCCAUUUUAAGUUAUAUAGGGGUAAGUGGGAGAUGUAUCCUCCUUUCCCUAAGUCUCCCACAAAUUAAGGUCCAAGGUUUUUUUUGUUUGUUUGUUUUUUGUUUUUUUGUGGGUUUUUUUUGUUUUUUUGUUUCCCAAAAAUAUGUUUAUAUUGUACAGUGAUUUGUUACAUUUUGUUAUUUUGAUAUUCCUUUGUAUUUAUUGGAAUUGUCCCAGUGGAGUAAUUUUUAGACAAAAAAAACCCCACCAGAGAGAACAGAAAUAUUUUUAUUUGUGAUCAAAUUAUUUUUUUUUUCC